AUUUUUAAUGUUUCUGUAAUAACAUUGAAACGUUUAGCCUGUUAGCUUAAGUAACGUUCCGGUUAGCUACUAGAAAACAGAGUAGCUGUGUAGUAGUAGCCGUGUGUUCAGAACCCCGUUUAGGCCUUUGGUCUUUUAUUAAAACGUUAUCGAGAACGAACACUUAAAACAUUUACCCUUUUUCCUCGGCUACUGCUCUUCGUGGUUUCGUAGACAAUAAUGCACUAUAAUUGUUGUUUCGAGUGAUUUACACCUAGAUUAGAAGGCGUUAUCACUGGCUAUUAGCGAGCUAAAAGUUACAAACUCUGUUACCUAUGGCGACAGGCUCAAAAACCUCAAAGUACCCGAGGAAAGAUGGAGGCGCCACCUGUUACUGUAAUGCCUGUCACUGGGGGCACAAUUAACAUGAUGGAGUAUCUGUUACAAGGGAGUGUGUUGGACCAGGCCCUGGAAAGCCUCUUGCAUCGCCUUCGAGGUCUGUGCGACAACAUGGAACCUGAGACUUUUACUGAUCAUGAGUUGGUUUACCUUCUCAAAGGCCAGCAAGGAAAUCCCUUCAUUUUGCGUGCCCGCCGUUCCCUCUCCCACCCAACUGCUCCAUGGCACCUACGCUACCUUGGUCAAUCUGAAGUGGGAGACAAGAGUCGCCACGCUUUGGUACGCAACUGUGUUGAUGUUGCUGCCACUCACAGCCUUCCGGAGUUCCUCAAUGAGAUGGGCUUCCGCAUGGACCAUGAGUUUGUCAGCAAUGGACACAUAUUUCGUAAAGGUGCAAUGAAAAUUGUGGUCAGUAAGCUGUCACGCAUACUUGUACCAGGGAAUACAGAAAACACUGAGCAUCUAUCACUUUCAUACCUGGUGGAGCUGAGUGUGUUGGCUCCUGCAGGACAAGACACUGUGUCAGAGGACAUGCGCAGCUUUGCUGAACAACUCAAACCCCUGGUUCACUUGGAAAAGAUUGACCCUAGCAAACAGAGACAUUAGCCAGUUUUCCACAAAAAGGAACUUUCCCCGGGUGACUGGGAACCUUGGGAGGGACUCCAUGAGUUUCCACCAGAGGAACCAGGUCUAAGUCAACUUCUGAGGGAAUUAUUUCACUCUCAAAAAAGUUCCUUCUCAGGGCAGCAUAUUUUGAAAAUUCAGUAACAUUGGUGUUGGGGCUUGCAGCAUUGAACAGAACUGAUUGGCAGCCUCCUUGCACUAUUUUAGUUAACUGCCUGAGCUAUAGCUGAUGUUAUAGAGAGGGAGGUUGUUUUCAAGUGGGAUAGUUUUUGAAUGAAGGGGGGUGGAGGGACUAAACAAAGUGGUGAGUUAGAGGAAUAAAAUAUUUUCUUUUUGUAUUGUCUCACAACGCUUAUGUUCUAAAGCAAAAUUAAACAUGGUCACACUUUUAUGAAGGAAAAGCCAUGUCGGAAGUUCUGGAAUUUCCAGAUUUUGUGUGAAUGGAAGCAAAGAUUCAUCCUGUCCUCUGUGGCUGCUUUACUGUGUGCUUCAAAGAGACACUGACCUGCAGGUAUGACACACAGAGCAGGGAAAAGAGACAUAGACGCCUAAUAUGUAACGUCCUCAUUAUCAACUAUAAAGCCCCACUUUUAAAAACACCUGUCACUUCAUCAAAGAACUAAUGUGCAUAACCAUUGUAUGUUUUUUUUUGUUUGUUUGUUUUUUAAUAAAAUAAAAAAGAGUCUAUAUAUAGUCUUGGUUUAACAGUUACUGUUUGGUCAAUUUUUAAUGAGAUAGAGAACAUUUCAGCUAAUACUGUCAAACAUCACUGCAUUCUACUAACUUUUACCAAAUCAUGGUUCUAUAAGUUGGGCUGUAGGCAAGCUUAUACCUGUGUUAACAAUCAACACAAUUCCUGGAAAGCCGAAAAAUGAUUUUAGUUGUUUAUUUUUGCAAAUGAUAACAAACUAGAUAAUAUUUUCCAUGUAUCAACAUUUCAAAACAGAAUUUGAGAUGUAUGAUUUUGGGUAUUUUUCAGUUUAUUGGAAUCCUGUUUACAUUUAAAGUUUCUUUUCAACACUCAGCUUUCAUGGAUAUGUUCACUUCAUCCCACUAGGGGUCUCUGUUUCUCUUCUUGUAAAUAUCCUGAUUGAAGCAAAUUGGAUGCUACCUCACAUCAUCUACAUGAGCUGUGGUUGCCAUGGAAAUAAUUAGCUGUGAGAUCUGCACAUCUUUCCCCCCCACUCUAAUUAGCUUUCUCAAUUGCUUAAUGAUACAUAGACCUGUGAAAGCCUUCCUUUCUUCCCCUCAACAAAAGCAUUGAUUUUCCCUCUCUUUCCCCUCUCAUUUCUACUGUUAACCCAUUAGUGGCUCUUUCAUGGGAACAUGAGCUGGGACUAUUACACAUGAAAGCACUACAUCUGCUUCAGGUUCUCCACUGUUAAUAUCGAAAUCCAGAAAGGCCCAUGCAGUAGUGUGUCAACAUUAUGGCCCGAUCUAACUGCGGAGACCAAAGUAACUAAUGCACAUCCUGUCAGUUAUGAUAAUAAUGUUGGUAAUAAGGCAUGAGUGCUUCUAAUAAUACCCCUACAGGAAGAUGCAUUUGCAGAGAUUGAGAUGUAAAGUGACCGCGUGCAUGUCUGAGGGGGAGAGCUCCAGGGCAGAUGGCUGUCUCUACAUGUUGACCUACCUGCGUAUCAUGGCUGAUGAGGACAAACUCACUGAGGUGGAAAGGUGAGAUGGCAGUGCUUCCACAUGCAUUUGGUGCAAGUUGAAAAACAACACAAAAUGAACUUUGAACAUUUACUAAUAUGUUAAAAAUGUGUACUUUUCUAAUCUUGUUUUGAAGUUAAGGUUAAAUUGAACUGCUACUUGGUACACAGGAGUUGCCUGUCAGUGAGACUGGAUUAUCUGAUGGAGACAGUUUUAUGUUCCAACAACCAGAAGCAGACUGCCGGCCCUUAGGACUAAAGCAUGAUGUUUCAGCUCUGAGUGAAUUAUGUAUUAAAGAGGCAGAUGCCUCCUUGCCCAAGGCUUUAUAUGUCCAGCAUGGAUACACUACAGUCUACUGGCUUUCUUCCACUUAAACUUGUGUUUAGCACAGUGCUCUUUGGUGAUGAGCUAGACUCCCACUGCACCUCCACUCAGCACUGCAUUGCCUGGAGAACAGAGGCAUAGUUAGGCUAAUCAGUGUCUUGGCAUCAAGCCUACUUGGCUAUUGUGGAUGUAGCCAGCCACUGACUUGCACAAGUAAGAGAUUUAACUCAUUGCUGGAGGCAAUAUGAUCCGUUCUGUGGUUUAUUUCAAGAAACUGAGACCAGAGCGACACCCUUUCAGAACGUGAUAUGGUUAAGGUUGCAGUACUCGAAUGAUUAUUAAUCUUAUUCACUUUCAUUGUUGGGUUGUUAAUACUAUUUCAUAAUGCCUGAAGCCUGAAAUACUUUCAUCAUCGAUUAAUUUUUCAAUUUGACGACGCAGAGAACGGUAUAUUCUUUUUCAUCGCUUACUCCCAGCUCCAGGAAUAUCAGUUUUCUUUUAAUGGAUCAUCCAGUCUGUAAAAUGUCAGAAGAGAAUAACCAA